CGGAUACACUAUUUUUCCUUUCCGGGUUAAGCGGUGUGUAAGUUUGCAGUCACGUUGUCGGAGACUGAACUGUUUUCAAAGUUUAACACAGAAGUUGUGGACGCAGGUGACGGUGGUGUUGAGACUGAAAGAAGCACAGACAUGAAGAACAGAGGUGUCGGGCUCGACAGUCGGCUCAGACAGAGAGUGGAGCAGUAUAUGGCAUCCAGCAACCGUGAAUAUGUGGACCUUUCAGCCAUGGCCCUCGACCUUCAGAAGUUACACAGAAUGGAGUAUGGCAGAAGAAACAAGACAGCUUUCAGGAUUCAAGUAGAGAAAGUUUAUGAAGCUAUCAUGAAGGAAUCUGGGCUGAAUUAUCUGGAGAGCAAGCACUUGGCUAAGAGAGCCAAGCACAGCCACAAAGACAAUGGUGAGGGGAGCAGCAGCAGCAGUUCAGGGGAGUCGUCUGACACUGAACAUAUUCAGGAAAACACUCCCAUCAACCACAUGAACAGCUCUGUUACAUCUCUAUAUCGGAAGGGAAACCCUGACUCCAUUACCGGCUCACCCAGGAGAGAUCAGCCUGCUCCAAGCAGUGAUGUCAGCACAGCCACUCCCCCUCCCAGUGCAGGCACUGUGGUCUCCAGAGGAGGCUGGUUCAUUGAUAAAGGGAGGGGCCCCGAGAAAAGCAACAUUCUCAUUGACCUGUGUGAUGAGGAGCCUACACAUAGAGCAACAAAUCAGACAGACGUGUCCUUGCUGGAGCCUGAGAAAUCACGCAGGAAGUCUAAAAAAAGGACAAAGAGCUCAACUGAAACAGCCGAGCCUCAAACCUUGACCAAAAAAGCUAAAUCAAAGUUACCAGAACUGCAGUAUCCGACUCUGAAGUUUGAGGACGUAGGGGGUAAUGAAGACACAUUAACGGAGGUUUGUAAGCUGAUGAUCCACAUGCGUCACCCAGAGGUGUACCAACAUCUGGGAAUGGUUCCUCCCAGGGGCUUCCUCCUCCAUGGACCUCCCGGCUGUGGAAAGACUUUGCUGGCCCAGGCUGUGGCUGGUGAGCUGCAGCUGCCCCUGCUAAAGGUGUCUGCUCCGGAGUUGGUGUCUGGAGUGUCUGGAGAAUCUGAACAGAAACUCAGAGAGCUGUUUGACUUGGCUGUGAGCUCUGCUCCGUGUAUCCUGUUCAUAGAUGAGGUAGACUCCAUCACCCCCAGGAGAGAGGUGGCCUCUAAAGACAUGGAGAGGAGGAUUGUAGCUCAGCUGCUAACCUGCAUGGACGACUUGAACAGUCUGACCGUGACAGCUCAGAUCCUGGUCAUCGGCGCCACCAACAGGCCAGACUCCCUAGACCCUGCCCUACGCAGAGCUGGACGCUUUGAUAGAGAGAUCUGCAUGGGCAUCCCGGAUGAAGCAGCUCGUCUCAGGAUCUUGAAGACUUUGUGUCGAAAGCUGAAGCUGCCGGAGGACUUUGACUACCAGCAGCUGGCCCACCUCACCCCUGGCUAUGUGGGGGCUGACCUCAUGGCUCUGUGCCGCGAAGCUGCCAUGACUGCUGUAAACAGGGCUCUGCUGGAAAUGAGAGGGUGGCCUCAGGGCGAGGGACAAAUCUCUACUUCAGAGCUGCUAACAAGCAACGUUCAGACUGAGGCUGUUGUGACAGACGGAGAGGUUGGGGAGCAACAGACAACAGACAUGAAGCCAGUAUCUCAGGAAGAGUCAGCACAGAGUCAGCUGCAGCAGGGGGAGCUGUGUCACCUCCUACACCUGCUGAAAUCCACUGACACACUGUCAGAGGAAGAGCUGGACAGCCUGUCCAUUCUUAUGUCCGACUUCCAGGCCUCCUUGUCCAGUAUCCAGCCCUCAGCCAAGAGGGAGGGCUUCGCCACUGUGCCUGAUGUCACCUGGGAGAAUGUGGGGGCACUGCAUGAUAUCAGAGAGGAGCUCACCAUGGCCAUACUGGCUCCUGUGCGUUCUCCGGAACAAUUCAAAGCGCUGGGUCUCAGUGCGCCAUCUGGAGUUUUGCUGGCUGGACCUCCGGGAUGUGGAAAAACACUGCUUGCCAAGGCAGUGGCCAAUGAGUCAGGCCUCAACUUCAUCUCUGUCAAGGGACCAGAACUGCUCAAUAUGUAUGUUGGAGAGAGUGAACGAGCUGUCAGACAGGUCUUCCAGAGAGGACGCAACUCUGCUCCAUGCGUCAUCUUUUUUGACGAGAUUGACGCUCUGUGUCCUCGUCGCUCAGGUCAUGAGUCAGGAGCCAGUGUGCGGGUGGUCAACCAGCUACUUACAGAGAUGGAUGGCUUAGAGACUCGACGACAGGUCUUCAUCAUGGCUGCUACAAACAGACCAGAUAUCAUUGACCCUGCCAUUCUGAGGCCAGGGCGCUUAGAUAAAACUCUGUAUGUGGGCCUGCCGCCUGCAAAAGAUCGCCAUGAAAUCCUGCUCACUAUUACUAAGGGGGGGACCAAACCUCAACUGGAGCAAGAUGUCAGUCUUGAAGAGAUCGCCCUUGAUCAACGCUGUGAUUGCUUAACUGGGGCUGACCUGAAUGCAUUAGUAAGAGAAGCAUCUGUUAAUGCCCUGAGGGCCUACCUCAAGUCCCAGAAUCCUCCAGCUUCCUCCUCUGGUCCCACAGGCUCCGCUGGGUCAGUUGCUCACAUCAGAGUCAGUAAACAGAACUUUGAGGAUGCCUUCAAGAAAGUGAGACCAUCAGUGUCCAAAAAGGAUCAACGGACGUAUGAGCAGCUCAGAGAGUCCCUCAGCAGAUAACUGCAGCUGACUUCACCAGCAGUUCCCCUUUUACUUGUCCACAUUCGGAUAAAAGUCAUAUACAUUUUAUUAUGGUUGAAUACUGCAUCCUUUUUUCUUUUUAAAUAAAAUGUGAUGGAAAACGACAAUA